CCACGCUGCAGAGAGGCCCCUCGCCACUCCUCUCUCUCCCCCCUCCACGCGCGCUCGCCUCUAGCGUCACUUCCGGCGGCGACGGCUCAUACUGCGCCUGCGCGGUGGGGCCUUCCUCUCCGCCUCGGCGCCGGGCAGGAAGAUGGCUAAGCGCACCAAGAAGGUUGGGAUUGUGGGUAAAUAUGGUACCCGUUACGGUGCGUCCCUUAGGAAAAUGGUGAAGAAGAUUGAAAUUAGCCAGCAUGCCAAGUAUACCUGCUCCUUCUGUGGCAAGACCAAAAUGAAGAGGAAGGCUGUGGGUAUCUGGCACUGUGGAUCCUGCAUGAAGACAGUUGCUGGUGGUGCCUGGACUUACAAUACCACCUCUGCAGUGACAGUCAAGUCUGCGAUCAGAAGACUGAAGGAACUGAAGGACCAGUAGAAGCUGCAUCCUCUUCUCUUUAUGAAACAUCCCUUUUUUCCACUGUCAAGAUCUGUCCUUUUAACAAUAAAAAGGUGAUAAUGGAGUGGAA